AUGUCUGGAAGUUCUCGGGAGGAAGUGGUCGGAAAGAGUACGGGCAGAGCUCGGUUUGACGAACCAUUUAGGAGAAGCUCGGCAUCUGAGCAAGACCUCAUCGACUUGCUGUGUGCUGUCGAAGAAGCAGAAGAUGAUGAAAGUGAUGCUAUGUCAGUUGCGUCGACAUCAUUGAACCGAAGCGAUUCGACGCUGUCGGUUUCGUUUAUCGACCUAUCCAAGCUAUUGUUAAUCCCUGAAUUCGACUUUGGUACGGGGUUUGACCAGAUGAAUACGUCUACCAAGAAAAGAUUGAACAGCAUGAAGAAUAAAACCAAGGAAACGUUGCGUCGGCUAAAAGAGGACAGACUGGCCAGCUUCAAAACGAGAAAGUUCACCCAGCAAGAACUCAUAAAGUUCCAGGAACUGAUGAAUAGGCGAUUGGCCAAUUUCGAUAAGCGUGUUCAUAACAGUUUGCAAAGCUCGGCUACAGAGAAGUUAUUUUAUGCAUUUGCUGUAUCUUUAAUUGCUGCUGCCGGAUAUAUCAUAGGAAAAUACCCCACGUAUUUCCCAAUUUUCCACACGGUCUUGUUUUGUUUCCUUAUGCCGAUCCGUUUCUACACAUACUUUAAGAUCGGAUUCCAGUACUACUUGGCAGAUCUUUGCUACUAUGUGAACGUUCUUCUAUUGCUAUUUCUCUGGGUAUUCCCCAGGUCCAAGUCACUUUUCAUAUCGGUCUUUUCGCUUACUAUGGGGACCCUUUCGUUUGCGGUCAUCACAUGGCGGAAUUCGUUGGUGUUGCACUCCAUUGAAAAGACAACUAGUUCGAUCAUUCAUGUAAUGCCUCCCGUGACGAUGUUUGUCCUUGUGCAUCAGACUCCAAAAAGCUACAUUCAAGAAAGGUAUCCGGCGAUCGCCGAGGUUGAAAACUGGAAUUUUGUCAACGGCAUUAUCUGGACAUCUAUCUAUUACACAAUAUGGCAAGUGGGCUAUCAUUACUUUAUCACCGUUCGCAGAAGAGAACAAAUUGCCAAAGGCCGCGUCACCUCUUUCACAUACUUGAAGGAGAAGAAUAGCAAGAGUUUUUUGGGUCGACUCGUCAACAAACAGCCUUAUGCAUGGAUGCAAGUAACCCUCUUCACGCUCAUUCAAUUUGGCUAUCAGAUUUUGACCAUGCUCCCUUGUCCCAUCUGGUUUCGGUAUAAGCAUGUAUGUGCUACAUUUGUCAGUUUUAUCUUCUCGUGGUCAGCGUACAACGGCGCCACCUACUACAUUGAAGUUUUUGGCAAGCGCUUCGAAAAGGAACUGAAGCAGUUGCAAAUCGAAUUGGCCGAAUUACAGCUGAGAGUGGCCAGACAAGAAGCUGAAAGAAGUACGCCGCUGUUUUCGCCUGUUUCUGAGUCGAUUCCGUCGGCAGAGAGCUUUACCGAACUUAAGCUCGAUAGUCCACGUGUCUCUGCUUCAGAGGAUGUUAUUUAA